AUGUAAGAAAAAAUCAUUUAGGAAAGUUAUUCUUAUUUAAAUGACUUGAAUAAUAAAGUAAACAAUAGUAAUAAAUUGGUAUAUAAUGUAAUAAUUAAUAAGGUUGGUAUCUAUAAGGGAUUCAUAAGAAACAUUCAUUAAUCAUUUUGUACUCUUUCAAUGUAAUUAACUGAAUAUUCAGAAUAAUUUUAUUUAGAGUUAGCAUAAACAUAAGAAGAAAAUGAAUUAAAUCUCUUCUAUUAUAAUUAAUUAUCCAACGCCAUAAUAAAUUUUGCUCACAAUUUGGAUGAGUUGACUAGUGAAAUGAAAUAAGGCAUUUUGGAACCUUAUGAAGAAUUUACAUAAAAUUACAAUUAAAUCAAUAGUGAAUUAAUCAUAAAGGGUUAAGAAUUCUUAAAAUAAGUUGAAAAACAAAGAGAAGGUUUGUUUUUGAAACAACAUGAUUAUUUAAAAACAGCUUAUGAUUUAGAGAAGAAGAAAAAAUCAAAAACAUUAAAAUUAAAAGCAGAUGAAUUAUUUGUUGAUUAUCGUUAAGAAUUGGCAAAUGUAAAUUAAUUAUGGGAUGUAUUUAAUGAUAAAUUUAAGAAAUCAUUUGAUGAAUAUGAUUCAAAUGAAUUAGGAAGAACUUCUAUAACAGAAAAUACUUCAGAAAAAAUAUUACAACAUAUUUCUAAAAUUACUAAUACAUUGAAUAUGAGAUUAUUGUAAUAAUUACAAUAAUCUAAUGAAAAAUUACAUUUGAUUUAAAAUAAAUAUCAAAUAGAAAAAUUACCCAUUUUGAAGACUAUUAUGAAAAAUAGAAAGUUUAAUAUAUUUAAAGUAACUAAAUAAGAUAAUUUUAUUACUUAUGAGGAUUGGAAAGCUAAUAUGGAUUCACAUGAUAAAUUUGAUCCUGCUAAUUUAUAGAAAUUUAAAUUAUCAUAAUAACUUGUCUAAUAAAUUAAUUAAUUGACAGAUGUUAUAUAAUCAAUAUGUAAUAAUACAUAUUCAAUUACUAUUGUUUAAUAUGAUUAUGAAACCUUAUUUUAACAUGCAGAUACUAGAAUUAAAUUAUUAGAUAAUAUUGUUGAAAUUAUUGAUAAAGCACCUACAGAUACAAUAACAAUAAAUCAAUAAGCAAAUGAUCUCUUAGUUUUGAUUGCCAGAAACUUAAUUAUCAGUAAAAUUAUUAAUAUUUAUUAUUGUAUAUAGACUUAUAAAAAGAUCAAGCUUUUAAUGUUGUGGAAUUCAAUGCUUUAUUAAAUUUCAUUACUUAAUUUGGAAUGAGAGAAAAAAAUCAAUUUAUAACUGUAGGAUCAUAAGCAAGUGAAAAAACAUAAUUAUUUUAUGUUAAAAAUAAUUGGUAAUAAUUAUUAUUGUAUUUAAAUGAAAAAGAAAAUCUUGAAAAUAAUUCAAAUAAAUAAUAAAAUAAUAAGAAAAAAAAUAAACCAAAGAAAAAUGAAAUCUUAAAUUUUUUAUAUUAAAAAAAAAGAAUAAUAAAGGAAUAAAUGACUUAAGAAUAAAAACUUAAUUAUUUAAAAGUACUCUUAAAUUUAUAAAAAAUCUGUUCAAUGAUGUUAAAACUUGAUAUAAAAAUAGAUUAUGCAAGUGAAACUAUUAUUAUUUUAGCCAAAAUGUGUAAUAUUAAAGUUUAAGAUAUUGUAUUAUUAUUGGAAUAAUUUGAAUCAAUUAAAAUUUAUAUGGAAUAAAUAUAACCAUAAUCACCAAAAACAUAAUAAAUGAUUUUAGAAAAGAAAAGAUUAUUUUAUAUCUUUAAAAAAUGUCUUAAAUAUUUACCUUUAUAAGAUUAAUUAAAUAUAACUUUAGUUAAUAAAGAAUUUGCUACUCUAAAUACUAAAGUUAAAUAAUAAUAUUUAUGUUUUAAUAAUCUUAGUGAAAGAUUAUCAAUUAAAAGAAAAUUAUUAUGGACUAGUUUACUUUAACCAGAUUCAGUUUAACUUGAUUAUUAUAAAUUAAAAGAGAAAUAUUCAAAAUCAGCAGGAUCAAAAGAAGCAUUUUUAGAAUAAUAAAUUGCUUAAGAUGUAUAAAGAUCAUUCAAUAGUGUUGGAUUAUAAAGUAAAAUUAAUCAUCUUACUUUACAUAAUUUACUUAAAUUAUAUGCAUAUUAUAAUAAUACUGUCUCAUAUACUUAAGGAAUGAAUUUUGUUAUGGGAUUUAUAUUCAUGAUAAUGGUAGAUGAAGAAUUAACAUUCCGUUGUUUCUCUGCCCUAAUUAAUUAAUUAUUAAAAGAUGUACUUCUAUAUGAUUUAAAAUACAUAAGAGUAUUCUUUUAUAAAUUAGAUCGUUUAUUAGCUAUAUUCAUGCCUAAAAUCCAUUUGCAUCUUAAAGAAGAGAAAAUUGAAGCAGGUCAUUAUUCUGCUCCUUGGUUUAUUACAUUAUUUACUGGAUCUUUUAUGAAGAAUGAAUUUUCAACAGUACUCUUUGAUAUUUGGGAUUUAUUAUUAAGUAGAGGAUGGUGUGGAUAUUAUUAAAUAUUAUUGGGAAUCUUUGAAACUUAUGAAGAAAAAAUUUUAUCUAUGAAAUUUGAUAAUUUAUUGUAAUUCUUAAAUAAUUUAACUAAAGCAGAAUUUUUUACUUAGAAUACUGAUGUAUUAUAAAUUAAUUAUUUAUAGGAAAUAGCAUCUUUGAAGACUCUAAAAUAUAGAGCUUUGAAAUUUAAAGUGACAAAUAAAUUAAUUACAGAAUUAGAUAAAGAGUACUAUUUAGUAAGACAAAAAAUCAAUAAUUUGAUGAACUCAUGA